AUGGAGGAAGAGCUGAAGUGUCCUGUGUGCGGCUCUCUGUUUCGGGAGCCUAUCAUCCUGCCCUGUUCCCACAAUGUCUGCCUGCCUUGCGCUCGCACCAUCGCGGUGCAGACCCCGGACGGCGAGCAGCACCUACCCCAGCCGCUCCUGCUUUCCCGGGGCUCGGGGCUGCCCGCGGGUGCCGCCGCUGCUCCCUCACUGGAGCACGACGCGGCGGCGGGCCCGGCCUGCAGCGGUGCCGGCGGGAGUGCAGCUGGCGGCCUCUGCGGCGGCGGUGCGGGAGGUGGUGGAGACCACGCGGACAAGCUGAGCUUGUACAGCGAGACAGACAGCGGCUAUGGGUCCUACACCCCGAGCCUCAAGUCCCCCAACGGGGUUCGCGUGCUGCCCAUGGUGCCCGCACCACCCGGCUCCUCCGCCGCCGCGGCUCGGGGUGCCGCCUGCUCCUCGCUAUCCUCGUCUUCGAGCUCCAUCACGUGCCCGCAGUGCCACCGCAGUGCCUCCCUGGACCACCGCGGCCUGCGUGGCUUCCAGCGAAACCGGCUGCUCGAGGCCAUCGUGCAGCGAUACCAGCAGGGCCGCGGGGCCAUGCCGGGGGCGUCUGCAGCCGCGGUGGUGGCCAUCUGCCAGCUGUGCGACCGCACCCCGCCGGAGCCAGCAGCCACGCUCUGCGAGCAGUGCGACGUCCUUUACUGCGCUGCCUGCCAGCUCAAGUGCCAUCCAUCCCGGGGACCCUUCGCCAAGCAUCGCCUGGUGCAGCCGCCACCGCCACCGGCGCCCGCCGAGGCAGCCUCCGGGCCCACUGGCGCCGCCCAGGGCGCCCCGAGCGGAGGCGGCGGCUGCAAGAGCCCAGGAGGCGCGGGGGCCGGGGCGACUGGGGGCAGCACGGCCCGCAAGUUCCCCACGUGUCCCGAGCAUGAAAUGGAGAACUACAGCAUGUACUGCGUGAGCUGUCGAACCCCGGUGUGCUAUCUGUGCCUGGAGGAGGGCCGGCAUGCCAAGCACGAGGUGAAGCCGCUGGGGGCCAUGUGGAAGCAGCACAAGGCACAACUAUCUCAGGCCUUAAAUGGAGUUUCGGAUAAGGCAAAGGAAGCAAAGGAGUUUCUGGUUCAGCUGAAGAACAUACUGCAGCAGAUCCAGGAAACGUCCAAGGCAGUCCACUCAAUAAGCUUUGUCUGGGAAGGCUCUGUGGUCCGCUUCUUUAUGGCCCACUCUGCCCAUGGGCACUGCAGAGACUUGUGGGCAAACAGUGGGGAGCAGCCAGACCAGGUCUGGCCCGGGGGAGGCGUGUACCUGCACAUUGCGGUUGAGGCUGAGGGCUGGCAUGAAGACCCCGUCCACGUGGCUGAAAGCUGUGGGGCCCUGCUGCUGCCCGUUGAUGAAGAAAGCCAUGAUGAAGACUCCCCUAGAGGAACCACGCUGUUCAACCCCCUCUUCCUGAGAGCAUCUGGGAUCUGCAUACUAGAAAAAUCGGGUUCUGAUGAGCAAGUGAGGAUGCUGAGGUCGAUGAAGAUGUGGCCAUCCAGGCCUUCAGGAAAUUUUGAAAGGCCCCUACCCUACAUUGGCUCAUCUUCCCAGAAACAUCCUAGGGUCCCUCGAAAAGCAGUGUAUGCCAGGCAGAAGGGUGCUGAAGUUGAAAUCAAGUCCUCUGUUGGAGUCACCAUCCCACAGGUGACCAAUAGCAGAACCUUGAGAACGUCCAUUCUGCUCUUGAUCAGUGUUGGCAAUGUCAUUGAGAAUGAGUUGAUCUACUGGACGCUGCUGGUAGGGCAGAGGGAAGGUGAGCAGCGAGAAGGAUUCACGACAGGAAGUCCCGAGGAGGACUUGGUCCUGCCCAGACAGGUGUUUCCGGAUUGGGCAGGGCUUCCCCGAGGGUGCCCUGGCAGCAAGCAGGGUAUCUGGGUGCCAGUUUGGCUUCAGCAAGCAGAGACGGAGCUGAUGGGCCUGGACUUGGCCCCUCUGUGGGCAGGAGGGAGAAUGGCCAGCUUGCAGGGUCUGGGCAGAGGCACAGAGCUGCCCGCCUCUUCCCCAGGACUCAGGAGAGAAGGGGCCCUGCCUACCAGCAAAGAGGCAGGCAGACAGGGUCCUGAGGGCCCUCGGGCAAGUCCUUGGCCCAGAUUAGACCUGGCUUCCCUGAGAAAGAAGAAGCUGGUCCUUCCUCUGCAGGAAGGUGCCCCAGGGGCUGUUAUAGGAGCUGCAGAGAUCCCGAUGCUCACCAUCGGACGUCUGCAGGACGACAGUUUUACUGUAAGGCCCGACACCAGAAGAGUUGAAAGCUUUGACUCGGGCGUUGUAGGUGCUGUUGAAGUGAAGACCAUCGAUGGUACACAAAGUCUCCUUACCGACGUCACCCUGCACACAGGAUUGGAAGUGCCGACUAACCUGGGGCGGCCAAAGCUGUCAGGCAAUUAG